AUGCAGAAAAACUGGGAGCAUGCUGCUAUAUGUGGCAAUAAGCUAAGAGUUCUAAUCUGGGAUGACAGCAGCUCUGUUAGUAGUGGCCUCAGUGACACUCUUGACAACCUCAGCACUGAUGAUUUGAACACCACUUCAUCUGUCAGCUCCUAUUCCAAUAUAACUGCCUCUUCAAGGAAGAAUACUCAUCUGAAGACAGACUCAGAGAAACGCUCAGUUACAGACAGCGAAACUUGGGGCAGCACUGAAGAACUGAAGAAAACAGAGGAAGACUUUGACAGCAGCAUAGACUGCAGUGGCAAGUGGAAAGGUCUUCCCUCGGGGCUGUCUGAAGAGUCAGAGAAGGGGGGCCAGAAAGCAUCUCUCUCAGUUUCGCAGACUGGAUCCUGGAGGAGAGGCAUGACUGCACAAGUAGGAACAGCUCAGUCCAGGCACAAAGCAGGAACAAGUGCGCUGAAGACCCCGGGAAAAACAGAUGAUGCAAAAGCUUCAGAAAAAGUGAAAACUCCCCUCAAAGGAGCCUCCAUUCAGCGCUCUCCAUCGGAUGCAGGGAAAAGCAGCGGCGAUGAAGGAAAAAAGCCUCCUUCUGGCAUAGGGAGGUCAACUGCCACGGGCUCUUUUGGAUUCAAGAAGUCCGGGAUGGGAUCUUCUACCAUAAUCACCACAAGUGGAGCGACCAUCACAAGCGGGUCAGCGACUCUAGGAAAAAUGCCAAAAUCCUCAGGCAUUGUUGGGAAGUCCAACGCAGGGCGGAAAACAAGCUUAGACGGUUCCCAGAACCAGGAUGACGGCGUCCUGCAUGUGAACUCGAAGACGACUCUGCAGUAUCGAAGUUUGCCUCGCCCCUCGAAAUCCAGUGGCAGUGGCAUCCCUGGCAGGGGCGGCCACCGCUCCAGCACCAGCAGCAUUGACUCCAACGUCAGCAGCAAGUCUGCGGGGGCUGCUGCCACCAAACUGCGAGAGCCGAGCAAGAUCGGGUCCGGGCGGUCCAGCCCUGUCAGCAUCAACCAGACAGACAAGGAAAAAGAGAAAGUGGCCGUGUCCGAUUCUGAGAGCGUCUCGCUGUCCAGUUCCCCCAAAUCCAGCCCAACCUCGGCGAGCGCCUCUGGCACAUCGGGACUUAGGCAGCCGGGAUCCAAAUACCCAGAUAUCGCUUCCCCCACCUUCCGAAGGUUGUUUGGUGCCAAGGCAAGUGGUAAAGCUGCCUCUGCACCCAGUACUGAAGGUGUGAAACCCACAUCGGCAAUGCCCAGCCCUAGUACCACAUUGGCACGGCAAGGCAGCCUGGAAUCGCCGUCCUCGGGCACAGGCAGCAUGGGCAGUGCAGGUGGGCAAAGUGGUAGCAGCAGCCCCCUCUUCAGUAAACCUUCGGACUUAAAUGCAGAUGUUGUAAGCUUAAGUCACUCCUUGGCUUCCAGUCCCGCCUCAGUGCACUCUUUCACAUCAGGUGGUCUUGUGUGGGCUGCAAACCUGAGCAGCUCUUCAGCGGGCAGUAAGGACACACCAAGUUACCAGUCCAUGACUAGCCUUCACACCAGUUCCGAGUCUAUUGACCUUCCUCUUAGCCAUCAUGGCUCUCUCUCUGGACUGACAACAAGCACUCAGGAAGUUCAGAGCCUGCUCAUGAGGACUGGAAGCGUCAGAUCUACUCUUUCGGAAAGCAUGCAGCUUGACAGAAAUACACUACCCAAAAAGGGAUUAAGAUAUACUCCAUCAUCCCGGCAGACAAGUCAGGAGGAAGGCAAGGAAUGGCUACGCUCCCAUUCGACUGGAGGCCUGCAAGACACUGGCAGUCAGUCCCCGCUUGUUUCUCCUUCAGCUAUGUCUUCAUCUGCAACUGGAAAAUAUCACUAUUCCAAUCUGGUGAGUCCAACCAACCUAUCUCAGUUUAACCUUCCUGGACCCAGUAUGAUGCGUUCAAACAGCAUCCCUGCACAAGACACCUCUUUUGAUCUGUAUGAUGACUCCCAACUGUGUGGCAGUGCUACAUCCUUAGAAGAGAGACCACGAGCAAUCAGUCAUUCGGGUUCAUUCAGGGACAGCAUGGAAGAAGUACAUGGGUCCUCAUUAUCACUUGUCUCCAGCACAUCCUCUCUCUACUCUACGGCAGAAGAAAAAGCACACUCAGAGCAAAUUCAGAAACUACGGAGAGAGCUGGUUGCAUCACAAGAGAAAGUUGCUACCCUUACAUCUCAGCUUUCAGCAAAUGCUCAUCUAGUAGCAGCUUUUGAAAAAAGCUUAGGAAAUAUGACCGGCCGAUUGCAAAGUCUAACAAUGACAGCUGAACAAAAGGAAUCCGAGCUUAUAGAGCUAAGGGAAACCAUCGAAAUGCUAAAAGCCCAGAACUCUGCUGCACAAGCUGCUAUUCAAGGAGCCUUGAAUGGUCCUGAUCAUACCCACAAAGAUUUACGUAUAAGGCGGCAACAUUCUUCAGAAAGUGUUUCCAGCAUCAACAGUGCUACAAGCCAUUCAAGCAUUGGCAGUGGUAAUGACGCAGAUUCCAAGAAAAAGAAAAAGAAAAACUGGGUGAACUCUAGAGGAAGUGAGCUAAGAAGCUCUUUCAAACAGGCCUUUGGAAAGAAGAAGUCCACCAAGCCUCCUUCCUCGCAUUCAGACAUAGAAGAGCAGACAGACUCCUCUCUUCCUUCAUCACCCAAAUUGCCCCACAGCUCAGGAGAGUGUGGGACAACGUCAAUGAAGCCAUCACAGUCAGCAUCUGCGUCAUCUCUAGUCUGGGCACCAAAGAAAAGGCAAAACGGUCACGUGGUCUACAAGCAUAGAUCCCGGAUCUGUGAGUGCACAGAGGCAGAAGCUGAAAUUAUUCUUCAGCUGAAGAGCGAGCUGAGGGAGAAAGAGCUAAAGUUAACAGACAUUCGUCUUGAAGCCCUCAGCUCUGCACACCAUCUGGAUCAGAUUCGGGAAGCCAUGAACCGCAUGCAGAAUGAAAUUGAGAUAUUGAAAGCUGAAAAUGAUCGUUUAAAGGCAGAGACUGGAAAUACUGGAAAGCCCACACGGCCAUCAUCAGAGUCUUCAAGCAGCACAUCAUCUUCUUCAUCACGGCAGUCGCUAGGGCUUUCUCUGAACAAUUUAAACAUCACAGAAUCUGUUGCAUCAGAUAUUUUGUUGGAUGAAGUCACUGAUGGAGCACUCCACAAAGAAGGUCAUAGCGUGAAAAUUUUAGUCACUAUAAACAAGAGCUAUAGUCGAGCCAAGGAUCAAAAACCACAUACAUAUCUGAUAGGAUCAAUUGGAGUCAGCGGAAAAACAAAAUGGGAUGUUUUAGAUGGUGUAAUCAGGCGUCUCUUUAAGGAAUAUAUUUUCCGAGUGGAUCCGACUACUAGCCUGGGUUUAAGCUCUGACUGCAUUGCUAGCUAUUGUAUAGGGGAUGUAAUUAGAGCCCAUAGCCUAGAAGUGCCUGAACUGCUGCCUUGUGGAUAUCUGGUUGGAGAUAAUAACGUCAUUACUGUGAACCUGAAAGGAGUGGAAGAAAACAGUUUGGACAGUUUUGUGUUUGACACAUUAAUUCCUAAGCCAAUUACCCAGCGGUACUUUAAUUUACUGAUGGAGCAUCGCAGAAUUAUUCUGUCGGGACCCAGUGGCACAGGAAAGACCUAUUUAGCUAACAGGCUGGCUGAAUAUGUUAUCUCUAAGUCUGGCAGAAAAAAAACUGAAGAUGCAAUUGCAACUUUUAACGUAGAUCACAAGUCAAGCAAGGAUCUACGACAAUAUUUAGCAAAUCUAGCUGAGCAGUGCAGUGCUGACAACAAUGGUGCUGACCUCCCUGUGGUCAUAAUUCUUGACAACCUCCACCACAUCAGUUCACUAAGUGACAUCUUCAAUGGCUUCCUCAACUGUAAAUAUAAUAAAUGUCCCUAUAUCAUUGGAACCAUGAACCAGGGAGUUUCUUCUUCACCAAACCUGGAGCUGCAUCACAAUUUCAGGUGGGUGCUGUGUGCUAAUCACACAGAGCCUGUUAAAGGUUUCUUGGGCAGAUACCUGAGAAGGAAACUGAUUGAGACUGAAAUAGAAAGGAACAUGCGCAAUAAUGAGCUCAUCAAAAUCAUUGACUGGAUCCCCAAAACAUGGCAUCAUCUCAACAGCUUCCUGGAAACACACAGCUCUUCAGAUGUAACCAUUGGUCCCCGCCUCUUCCUCCCUUGCCCUAUGGACGUUGAUGGCUCCAGAGUGUGGUUCACAGACCUCUGGAACUAUUCCCUGGUGCCGUAUCUUUUGGAAGCUGUGAGAGAAGGGCUUCAGAUGUACGGUAAGAGGGCACCCUGGGAGGAUCCCUCCAAGUGGGUAGCUGAUACCUAUCCAUGGAGCUCUGCAUCUUUACAGCAUGAGUGGCCCUCGCUACUUCAGUUAAGACCAGAAGAUGUUGGUUAUGAAGGUUAUGCAUCAGCAAAGGAAGGAACAACCUCAAAGCACGUUCCACAGACUGAUACAGAGGGGGAUCCCUUGAUGAAUAUGCUAAUGAGGCUUCAAGAGGCAGCCAAUUAUUCGAGUGCACAAAGCUGUGACAGUGAUAGCACCAGCCACCAUGAUGACAUUUUGGACUCCUCCCUUGAAUCAACUCUCUGAAAGGGACAAACCUUGGUGGAGGAUCAUGGUAAAACCUGUUUCCACUAGACCACUGCCAGUAUUAAAGCAGCACGCCGAGGUCCCUGAGUGAGAAUGGUGUCUUGUAGGUAGGCAGGAGACCUAAUUCUGCAAAGUCAGGAAGGAAAAUUGAAGUGGAAAGCUUGAAUUAGUUUAAUUUCAAGGCAUUUUGAUACCAAUGGAGCCAAGUGAGUCUCCAUUUGUCAACUGGAAAGGGCCCUAGACCAAGGGCAUCUAAGCAGAUUGCACACGUGUUAGCCAAACUGGAAUUUUUUUUUUCCCUUUUCCUCUUUCUCUCUUUCUCUGUCUCUCUCUCUCUUGGUCUCUGUUUCUCUGUACACGUUUACAGUGCAACUUCUGUUUUUUCCCUUUAGUUUACCCUGAGGUGCUGCAUGAACAAUGCGGUCUUCUAAUUCUCUUCUAACCUCUGUUGUGCCACAUGGUGCUGGUCACAGGACUGCAGUGGUGUUUGUGUUGUACACUACUGCCCAUUCCAAAAUGAGUUAAAGAUGAUGAUAGUAACUCAGAAAGCACAAACAGUAUUGUGCAAUCACCAGAAAAUAUGACUGUGAUAUGCUGGAUAAGUGCCAAUUUAAUUCUAACUGCCAUGGUCACGGUGAUGCGCUCCAUCAAGUUUUUAGUACACGAGUCACAGAUUUUAUAAAGUUGUUUUUACCACAAAGGUCUUUUUUAACCACCUGCCCACUCCUUAACAACAGUUUUAUACCAAUUAUUAACCAACACUGAUUAAAGGCUUUUUAGGGCUUCAUUUGUUUGAGCCUUUUCAGUGAAAGAAGGAACAUUUCUUAUGGUGCUGUCUCACUGCCUUAAAACAGAUUUCUAGAACAGUUUUACAGUUGGUUUAAUUCCUAAACCAUUGGUAAUUUACACUGUUUUUUUUCUUCAUUUACUAAUGAGAAAGCGUCAGUUAACACAGUAGCCUCAUAUCUGUAUAUCAUGAUUUUUUAAAGUAAUGGACAGGAGAAAGAACAGUUGCUAUAUAAUAUUUUUAUCUUGUGAAUAGAUUGCUCUGCCUACCCUCAGAAAUACACAAGAAACCCAAACCCACUUCCACUGCCACCUAAAUGCUGAGAAAAUUGUCUCAAAUCCAUUUGGUCCCAUGGAAUGGAGUUUUUGGAGGAUAGAUGUUUUGAAUUCUUAUCCAGCAGAGCUGGAUGCACUCGAUGCAGCAUGAGCACAAAUAUAUGUUUUUUGGUUUUUUUUCCUUUUUCUAGUUUUAGCAUGUUGUUUUGAUUGUUAUUGUUGUACAUGAAGACUUCAGCAUAAAAGAACACUGAAGCAGUGAUGUCCACUGUGGAAGAGGAAGAGUUUAUACUGUAAAAGUGGGUUGGUUUUGCACAGUCUACUGGGUGGGUAUUGUAAAUACUGAAGAAAAAACAAUUUAAAAAAAAAGAAGAAAAAAAAAGCCUUGCACAAAUCAAACUGAAAACAAACAAACAAACAAAAAUUGUAUUUUAUUCUGUUGGUGUUAAGAGAUGUUUCACUUGCUGAGAUUUCCUGUAUGUUGCAAACAAAUACAGAAUGCAAACCUUAAAAGCUGUUAUUACCCGGUGUGUUUGUCCUGUACUUACAGUUGUUAUGACUAUGCAGGAGCUAUCAAUGCUACAGUCAACGUGUUUCAAUAUCUAUACGAAGCCAAUACAUUUUGGGGGAGAAAUACCUAAAAAUGUUUUAAGUGCGUAUGUGAUGGCAGGCUACAACCAGAUGCAUUCCAACUGCUCAGAAUAAUCGGAAACGCUCUUUUACCACAAGAGCCAUCCGGUUAAAAUAGGUGCAUAUAAACAAGAAGGUACCUAAGGGCUUUGGCAUUGUGUAGAUAUGUACUGUACACCUCCACCGAUGUUACCUUCACGAUGUGUUAUUUGGUGCUAUUAACACUUUGUGGCCACCCUGUGGUCACUCGCUGUAAAACAAAGAUAAAUCAAUGCAGUUUCCAAAUGGCACUGAGCUGCAUCGCUGAAUCUAGAGGUUCCUACACGGUGCUAUUGCCCUGAUAAAACCUCAACUGAUUGUAUGCAUGUAGGAUUCAGUCAGACCAACAUCUUGCCCCCCCAAACUGGAUCCAUUUCUGAUGCAAAAUGUCAGCACGUACACCUUGUCUGACUCCAGGAACUAAAGGAAAGCUCCUCUUCCCUGUACCUGUGCUCUGAGCAAACCUGCGAAUCUUUUCCUGCCAUGUUUAACACACAAACACACAAUAUUGCAUAUACAAAACUUCCUGCAAUACAUCUCAGUGAGUCCACCUAGUUUACAACUCAGAAAUUGUUUGUGAAACAUUUGUCUGUACACAUUUUAUAUUUUGUACAUUUUUGAUGUAACAUAUCAUGUAAAUAGACAGAAACAGUGAAAUAAAUCAUCUGAAAAGUUUUGUAGUCUUUGUAAAGCCCUAAUAAUAAGUAUUUGGUGUCAUCGGACUUAACUGGAUGAUGUAUUUUCUAUUGGUUUAUUGUUCCUCUAGCUUGUAAACCAGCUUGCGUAUAUUUUUUUGCAGGUGUGCGCACUGUAUCUGUCUAAAUUAUUACUUUGCCAUUAAAGUGGAAUUAUUU